AUGGUUCUCAGCGACCGCACAAUCAAGACGCUGCUGGCGGAGGGCAAGAUUGUCGUCGAGCCGCUGGGCGAGGGGUGCAUACAGCCCGCGAGCGUGGAUGUUCAUCUUGACAAGCAUAUCCUGGUGUUUCGCAACUCGCGCCGCCCGUACAUAGAUGUGCGCGAGGACUUGAGCGACCUGACCGAGAUGGAGGAGAUCGGCGAGCAGCCGUUCAUGCUGCAUCCGGGCGAGUUUGUGCUUGGCAGUACGCUGGAGAUGAUCGAGAUUCCAGACGACCUUGUGGCGCGGCUUGAAGGCAAGAGUUCACUGGGGCGCAUCGGGCUGCUUAUACACUCGACGGCGGGGUAUGUCGAUCCGGGCUGGAAGGGGCAUCUGACGCUGGAGCUGAGCAAUGUGGCGAACCUGCCCAUCACGCUGUAUCACGGCAUGAAGAUCGGGCAGCUCUCGUUUUUGCAGCUAUCGACGCCUGCGGACAGCCCUUAUGGUUCGCCGGGGCUGGGAAGCAAGUACCAGGGACAGACGAUUCCGACUGCUAGCCGCGCCUACCGGGAUUUCAAGAACGGCAAGGACUAG